CUUUAGUUUCGUGCAGAUAGGGAAUACCAGGAUGAAGUUGUUGACCACCUGGAUUUCAGUAGCCUUAGUGCUCACGAACCAGGGCUUGGAAGUGCGAGCCUACUUUUCCAGUCCUAUUUUCCAAAAGGAUGGAUUUGGGCCUUGGCAUUCCUCAUCUCGGGGACAGCCCAUCCCGCUUCCCAGGAUCUACCAGAGUUAUAAAUCCACUCUACUUAUCGACCCGGAGAAUUUUCUGUUUAACAUCAGCCACGCGACGUGCGAGAUCCUCGAAGAUGCAGUCCAACGUUACCAGAAGUUGAUAUUCAAGUCGCCAAAGUUCAAACCCUGCGAGAAAACGUGGACGAACUGCGCCAAAGACAACUGCCUCAAACGGCUUGACAUUUACCUUCAGUCUCCGUGCGAAGAAUGGCCCCCUUCCCGCAUGGACGAGCAAUAUCUCCUGAAGGUGAACACAGACGAGUUAAAGGGAGGAGCGCUUUUAUCUGCAGCAAGCAUCUGGGGGAUCCUUCGUGGACUCGAGACUUUCAGUCAGAUGGUUUAUUACCAUGACUGCCAGGUGAACGCGCAGAGAUUCUUCGUGAACACGACCUUCGUUCAAGAUUGGCCUCGCUUCCCCUGGAGAGGUUUGCUCUUGGACACAUCUCGUCAUUUCUUGCCAAAGAUCACCAUCUUCGAAACACUGGAUCUGAUGGCCAUGAACAAGCUCAACGUCUUCCACUGGCACAUCGUCGACGACAACUCUUUUCCCUACGAAUCUCUCAGAUUCCCCUUCCUCAGUAAGAACGGGUCAUACGGGCCGGACAUGGUGUAUACGAGGAAGGAUCUGAAGGACAUCUUGGAGUACGCUAGAAGAAGGGGAAUAAGGGUUGUGCCUGAAUUCGACACGCCUGGCCAUACCCAGUCGUGGGGAAGGAAUCUGCCUGGAUUCCUCACGCCUUGUGGGGAGGAAUACGGAUGGAGCUUCUUAGGGGAUUUACCCGACUAUGGACCCAUCGACCCCAGCCGAGAGGAGAACUACGUCUUCCUCGAGAAGUUCUUCAAGGAAGUCUUCAAUACCUUCCCUGAUAAGUUUCUACACCUCGGAGGAGACGAAGUCGAUUUCCGCUGCUGGAGCAUGAAUCGAGACAUCGCGGAAUUCAUGAAGCAGAACAACAUCUCCAGUUAUGAAGGGCUGGAGGCUUACUACAUUCACAGGCUUAUAGACCUGCUCGAUGACAUCUCAUCCAAGAAGAAGACGUACUUAGUGUGGCAGGAAGUUUUUGACAACCAAGUUCCACUGGAUCCCAACACCAUUGUUCAUGUUUGGAAGGGAAACUGGGAGAGUGAAAUGGCUCAGGUGACGGCGGCUGGAAAGAAAGCAUUGCUCUCGUCUUGCUGGUAUCUCAACUACAUCUCGUACGGAACGGAUUGGGAGAAUUACUACAAGUGCGACCCGGAGAACUUUCCAGGCACCCCGUCUCAGAAGUGGCUCGUCCUCGGCGGAGAGGUCUGCAUGUGGGCGGAAUUCGUGGACGAAACGAACCUCCAUUCGCGACUGUGGCCCCGAGCAUCUGCCGCUGCAGAGCGGCUUUGGUCUGCAAAAGAAGUUCAAGACGGGGAAUUCCUUGCCUCCAGGAUGAAUGAGCAUCGGUGCCGUAUUCGUCGUCGCGGAUACCCGGCUCAGCCCAUCAACGGCCCUGACUUCUGCGACAAUCUCAAAAUACCCUAAAACGGCACCAGUUGGCUUUUCGGUUUCUCCUUCAGAAUCAUGUCGAAACUGGAGUUCUAGCAGGAAUAACUCAUUUCUUUAAAUUGCAUGUGCACAGUAAUAGUCCUGGGUCUUUUUCCUGAAUAAGGGUGCAUAAACAUGGAAUCUAUCUAUUACUAUUAUAUUUCAGUGUUUGUCCUUUAUGAACGCCACGCUUCUGAUCCCAGCACGACCAAACUCUGCAUGGCUUCCUCAUUUGGUCCGGGGAUGGUCAUAGGCUAGGUGGCGUUUCAAAAUU